AUGGGAGACGAAAGACAAAGGCGCAGAUGGGAGUACUGGUGGAUUAUUCUUCAUUUUUCUUUGCUACUGUUUUUCGGGGCGCAGGUUUCAGCUCAGAUAAAAUAUUCUAUACCAGAAGAAGUAAAAGAGGGAUUCGUUGUAGGAAAUAUUGCCAAGGACUUAGGACUCGAUGUCAGUGCUCUGGUAAAGAGGCGGUUCCGCAUUGUUUCUGGCUCUAAGGACACUCUCUUCCAGGUAAAUCAGAACAAUGGCAUAAUGGUGGUUGAUAAGAAAAUCGACAGAGAGGAGCUAUGUGAUAACAAUGGCGCCUGUUUAAUUAAUCUGAAAGUUGCAGUUGAAAAUCCACUCGAGAUACAUUAUGUUGCAGUGGAAAUUACAGACGUAAAUGAUCAUUCCCCCGUUUUCCCCGAAGACGAGCAGCAUCUGGAAAUUGCAGAAAAUACUCUAACCGGAGAUGAUUUUCAGCUGCUGGCUGCCCGAGACCCAGAUUCUGGAGUGAACGGUCUCCGUGUUUAUAAACUGAGCCCUAACGAGCAUUUUGGACUCGAAACUCGAGAUGGUGGGGAGGACAACAAGAUACCAAUUCUAAAACUACAGAGAGCCCUGGACAGAGAGCACAACGCUAAGCAUCACUUGGUUUUGACUGCUGUUGAUGGUGGCAGUCCUCCAAGAUCAGGUAGCAUAAACAUUACCGUAACCGUUUUGGAUAACAAUGACAACAAACCAGUAUUCAGUCAGGAUUCGUACUCAGUUGCGAUUCAGGAAAAUAUUCCGAUAGGCACAGUGAUUCUUAAAGUUAACGCGACGGAUGCAGAUGAGGGCCCGAAUGGUCAAGUGGUUUACUCCUUUGUAAGAAACUUGAAGAAAAAAGUUUACGACACAUUUGAGUUAGAUGAAAAUACUGGUGAGAUCCGUGUUAAAGUUGAUGUAGACUUUGAAGACACCGAGGUUUUUAGGGCGGAUAUUAUAGCAUCGGAUAGAGGGCAGCCUCCAUGGUCUAGAAGCUGUAGAGUUAUCCUAAAAGUAACUGACGUAAAUGAUAAUGCACCAGAAGUUGAGGUGACAUCACUUUCUAAUUUGGUUGCUGAGAAUUCUAAGCCUGGAACGGUAAUUUCUCUGAUAAGCGUUAUAGAUAAGGACUCGGGUGAUAAUGGAAGAGUAUUGCUUACUCUCUCCGAAGACGCUCCCUUUGAAUUAAAACCGUCAUUUCAGGAAAACACAUAUUCUUUAGUAACAAACAGAAAUUUAGAUCGAGAACUUACAUCCCAUUACGACAUCACAAUAACUGCAACAGACUUAGGCCAGCCCCCUCUGUCCGCAUUUAAAACCCUGACAGUGCAGGUGUCAGAUGUUAAUGACAAUAGCCCUGAAUUUACCCAGAAUCCUCUCGAUGUGUACUUAGUGGAAAAUAACGCCCCCGGGGCUUUUAUUUUCUCUGUAAGUGCUUCGGACAAAGACUUGAACGAAAAUGCUGCAAUCUCUUAUCACAUUAUUAGAGGUGACGGGGCUCAAAAUGAUAUGACAUCUUUCCUCAGUAUUAAUUCUGAGAACGGACAUAUUCAUGCAUUAAAGAGCUUUGACUUCGAGACUUUGAAAAUGUUCCAAUUUCAAGUUUUAGCCGUGGACGCUGGAGCGCCAAGUUUAAGUAGUAAUGUGACAGUGAACGUGUAUAUUCUGGACGAGAACGACAAUGCUCCAGUCAUCUUGUCUCCGGUAAGCACUAACACUUCUGGCCAAGAUGUGGAGGAGAUUCCCCGAAAUGUGAACGCAGGCCAUUUGGUGACUAAAAUCAGAGCAUAUGAUGCGGAUAUAGGAUACAAUGGCUGGUUGUUAUUUUCACUGCAGGAAGUCACUGACCACAGUCUCUUUGGUCUGGACCGCUACACAGGACAGAUAAGGAGCCUUCGCUCAUUCACAGAAACAGAUGAAGCUGAGCACAAACUGAUCAUAGUGGUCAAAGACAACGGAAACGUUUCACUCUCAGCAACGGCGAUUGUGAUUAUAAAGGUCGUGGAGCCCAAAGAAGCUUUUGCAGCCUCUGAUGUUAAAAGCACAGUAAAAGACGAGGAGGAAAACAACGUGACAUUUUAUCUGAUCAUUACAUUGUGCUCAGUUUCUGGUCUUUUCGUCCUAAGUAUCAUCGUGCUAAUCGUAAUGCAGUGCUCCAAACCUACAGACUGUUCCUCCAAGUACUUACAAGAUACAAAUUAUGAUGGGACACUGUGUCAUAGUAUCCAAUACAGAUCCGGAGACAAACGGUAUAUGUUGGUCGGGCCCAGAAUGAGUAUCGGUUCUGCUGUAGUGCCGGGAAGCAAUAGAAAUACUCUGAUGAUGCCAGAUUGCAGGACCAGAAGUUCUGAAGAGGUAAGCGCCUAA